AUGGAAUGGAAAUCUUUGAUAAGUUUUGGUGAAACAGUUAACAAAUAUAAAAGGAAGCAGAUAACUUGUAUGGCAUGUCGCGGUGUUUACUCAUUACGUAGAUCACUUACCGGACAUAUCGGGAGUAAUGAGAAAUAUCGAGAAAUCAUCGGCCGGAAUUAUUUAGACCAAAUGGGUGGUUUUGUCGAAAAUAUGCGAAUAUGUGAUCCAGGAAAUAUAACCAAUUCAAAUGGUGUCGAUCCGGUUUGUCCAUAUUGUGAUCGCUUUAUUAGUCAUUAUAAAGGUAAUAUUAGACGUCACGUGAAUCAGUGUAUGAAAUCAACACGUAGUGGUAGCAAAUUGAGGAGAAAAGAUGUUAACUUAAAACAAUUCACUUCUGAUACUUUUCUUGGAUAUAAUGAAACGAUGACAUUUUCGGAUAAUUAUCAACCACAUGUAUUAGAAACAUCGAUGGCUGAAAAAACUACUCCAUGGAUGGAUAAUUGUAGUGGAAUUUUAGCGGAUCAACAAUCAAUAAUUAAAACAAAAUCAUCGUAUAGUAUGAAAAAAGAUCGUAGUAAUGAUGAUCCAUUCCGAUGUCCAUUAUGUGAUUUUGCAACCAUUUAUAAGGGCAAUAUGAAGCGACAUUUGAGUACUUGCCAUGGCUUACAAGAUGAUGAUCUCAGAGAUGGUUGUAUUGAUAAGUUGAAAUAUAAGGAAGCGAUUGAUUUACGCCUAGAAAAUCUAUCACGUAAUAAGCGUUCCAAAAAUUUACAGUAUCUCAAAGUUACACCAAAAUUAUCACCAAUGGACAUCGAUAAUGAUCCAAGUUCUUCCACCAUUGAUUGUAAUACGAUGAAAAAGAUAUCAGAGGUAACAACAGCAGUUGUAACACCUUCAACUUCUCGAAUUGUUUCUUCUUUCAAUAAUUGUGAACAGCUCUCCUUAUCAGUGAUAAAUUCAUCGGAUGAUAAUACCGCAAUGGGAAUUAGACCAGAAGAAUCAUUAUCAAAAAUGGUUGAAACAUCGUCAUCAAAUGAUGAUACUAGUCAACUUAUAAGGUUGAAUACAAUCGAUGAAACAAUUGAAGCUGUCAUAGCAAAUGGAAAUGAAAAUUCUUUAAACGAAAUGGGUACAAAUAAUAAUAGUAAUAAUAACACUGUUAUAUAA